GGUUCAUUCCGUUUAGUAAACUACCCACAGCGUUGGAAGCUGCAGAAGCUCUAUUUAAUCAUGUUUUUCGCAUUUUUGGAAUUCCUGAAGAUAUAGUUUCUGAUCGUGGACCUCAGUUUAUUUCCCAAGUUUGGUCAGCCUUUAUGAAUAGGUUAGGAAUUUCUGUCAGUCUUUCUUCAGGUUAUCAUCCUCAGAGCAACGGCCAAUGUGAGAGGAUGAAUCAAGAACUGGGUAAAUUCUUAAGAAUAUAUUGCUGUAAUAAUUUCCAUGACUGGGCCAAAUAUCUCCCCUGGGCAGAAAUUGCUCAGAAUUCGCUCAUCAGUUCUACUACCAAGUUAACUCCUUUUCAAUGCUGUUUAGGUUACCAACCACCUCUCAUGCCCUGGUCAGCCGAACCCUCUAACAUCCCCGCUGUUGAUGAUUGGAUGCGUCGGAGCGAGGAGGUUUGGGAGGAGACUCACAGAUGUAUUGAGGCAGUCUUAGAACGGCAAAAACGACAAGCUGACCGCCUACGUCGUGAGACCCCCCUUUACUCUCCAGGUGAUAGAGUUUGGCUAUCUACCAGGGAUUUCCGGCUGUCUGAUGGCAAUAAAAAGCUUUCAGUUAAGUAUAUUGGUCCUUUCAAAAUCAUUAAGAAAAUUAAUGAGGUUACCUACCGUCUUGAUAUACCUUCUCACUAUCGUGUAUGUCCUUCAUUUCAUGUCUCCUUGUUAAAGCCGGUUAUCCCUGGUCCUCUGGAUGAGACUUCGCUUGGGUCACCUCCUCCCCCACCUAUGGAUAUGGAGGGUGGUCCUGUGUAUGCGGUGGAACGUUUGUUGGACUCCAGGAGAAGAAGGGGGGCCCUGGAAUAUCUUGUGGACUGGAAGGGUUACGGACCAGAGGAGCGAAGUUGGGUCCCAGUGGCUGAUGUCCUGGAUCCCUUAAUGGUGGAGGACUUCCACCGGUCUCAUCCGUCUCGUCCGGCACCACGCCCCAGAGGUCGUCCUAGGAGAGAGUCUCCAGGUCCUAGAAGGGGUAGACGCGGGAGUGCUGGCUCUGUCCGAUCCUUCAGUUCCAUCCGCGGCUCCAGGAGGGGUCGUCCCAGAUCCAGGGCUCCUGUCCACUAUGUUCCCGCUGCCAGGCCACCUGUCCGGGUCUCCACUGAGUGUGGGGGAGCGGUUCCCUUGUGUCGUCCUCAUCCGUCAACCGUUUCGGACUCUUUGGGGGGGAGUACUGUCACGCAGCCUGACUCUCCUUCCACACCUCUGGACUCCACUUCCCAGAAUCCUUUGGGUUAUGACGUCACCGUCAGUCGCUCGCCGUCGCCCAAUCACGUUACGCUCCGGCGCUCAGACUCACCUGUGUUCUGAGGAAGAUCCGGGUUAUGCUCUCUGUUUUUCUGUAUUUAAGGUCGCACUGUGUAAUGUAUCUUCGCGAGGUAUUGUCGACUUAUGUUGCGUACUAAGCGGUUUCUUCCUGUUCUUUGUUAUUGCCUUCUCGUUACGACCCUGUUUUCGGAUUACCGGUUAAUGUCUUUUGUUUUGCCCUUAUUGGAUUUGAUGUUUGGUUGGACUGUUUCUCGGUUACGAUCUCGGACUGUUUAUACGACUCCAUCUUCUGUCUUUGGUGAGAUCUUUGUUUACCUGGCUAUACUGUUAGCUGCAUUUGCUUACCUGCCUGUAAAUAAACCUGUGAGUACAUUCUA